UUUUCUCGGAUGUUAAACAAAGACAGAACGAUGCUCGCAUUCGUUGUGAGCGUUAAGUGGGACCUGCUCAUACUCAAUGAACGAAUAUCGUUUUUUUUCAAAUAUCGAUGAUUUUGCCCAUCCCUACUAUUAUUACUACUAGUCGUCAUCACUGCUGCUACGCCUAGUCCUCAUGAAGGCCAUUUGAGCUUACUGCUGUCCUGUCUGUCCUUACGUAGAUUUGUCAAUGAUUCCCUGCCGUUGACAUCUCUUUCGAAAAUAGUUAGUAUCUACUACUGACUACGUUGAAGCUCGUAGGGAAUCAUUACGGUGAAUUUUCGGUUAUAGAAUAGAAAGAUCGCGUGUCAUUUCUAUUUUAUAUUAUGGAGCCGUACGACGUGAUCGUCAAUCAACCGGUAGUUAUUGACAACGGAUCUGGCGUAAUCAAGGCAGGAUUUGCAGGUGGCCAGAUACCAAAAUGCAGAUUUCCAAAUUAUAUUGGAAGGCCAAAACAUGUACGUGUUAUGGCUGGUGCUUUGGAGGGUGAUCUGUUUGUGGGUCCAAUAGCAGAGGAACAUCGCGGCCUUCUGUCUAUUCGAUAUCCGAUGGAGCAUGGCAUAGUAACAGAUUGGAACGAUAUGGAACAUAUUUGGUCUUACGUAUAUAGUAAAGAUCAAUUAGCUACAUUCAGUGAAGAACAUCCAGUUUUACUCACAGAAGCACCUUUAAAUCCUAGAAAAAAUCGUGAGAAGGCUGCAGAAAUAUUUUUUGAAACUUUUAACGUCCCAGCUCUAUUUGUAUCCAUGCAGGCUGUACUUAGUUUGUACGCAACUGGCAGAACCACAGGAGUAGUUCUAGAUGCUGGUGAUGGUGUUACACAUGCUGUACCGAUUUAUGAAGGUUUCGCUAUGCCACACAGUAUAAUGCGAGUCGAUAUAGCAGGUCGUGAUGUUACAAGGCAUCUUAGGCUACUUUUACGGAAGGAAGGUAUUAAUUUCAAGACUACGGCAGAAUUUGAAAUUGUACGAAUGAUCAAAGAGCGAGCAUGUUAUCUUGCCAGCAACCCGCAGAAAGAAGAAACUAUAGAAACUGAAAAGUUUCAAUAUAUAUUGCCCGAUGGCAGUCACUUGGAGAUUGGUCCAGCACGAUUUAGAGCACCUGAAGUACUCUUUAGACCAGAUCUGAUAGGUGAAGAGUGCGAAGGCCUUCAUGAAGUAUUAACAUAUUCCAUUCAGAAGUCCGACUUAGAUUUAAGAAAAGUUCUAUUUCAAAAUAUUGUUCUGUCUGGAGGAUCAACAUUAUUUCGUGGAUUUGGUGAUAGAUUAUUGUCGGAAAUUCGUAGGAUGUCGCCGAAAGACAUUAAAAUAAGGAUAUCAGCGCCUCAGGAACGAUUGUACAGUACCUGGAUCGGUGGUUCCAUUUUGGCUUCUUUAGAUACUUUUAAGAAGAUGUGGGUCAGUAAAAGAGAGUUUGAUGAGGAUGGUGUACGGGCUAUCCAUCGUAAAACAUUUUGAAUUAUUCAUUUAGAGCAGCAGCUUUUGAGAAAAGCAUGUCGUUAUGUCAAGUAAUUUUAUUAUUAUUAUAAUAAGAAAAUGAUGAUGAUGAUACAUUCGGCACUAUAAUAGACUAUAUAACAAUAUAUAUACCACAGCAGACAUAUUCUUAACUGUUUUGGAUGGUAACUCUUAUAUGAUUUAUGUAUUAUCUUAAAGCAGGCCUGCAGAUAGGGGCAGUUUGUACUUUUCCCAGCUUGAAGGAUCGGCCGACUGCUGCAAUCCCCCCGCGACCCCCAUUCCCUUUCAUUUCAUCAUAACAUCUGCUGCUACAGUUUCUCUUUAUGGCAUAAAACGCGUAAGAGAGACGCUCAAUUUCAGAGAUGGUAUUCUAGCUAGAAAUCGUAUGGGGAUUAUUAUUUAGCGAAUGUUACUCCGUGCACUGUUUAGAGAAAUAGUAUUAUAAUUAUUAUUGGAGAAGUAUUGUUAUUAUUAUUAUUAUUGGUAGUAAAAUAAUAAUAAUACUUUUUUAAACAGUAACAAAACAGCGUGAAGGGCAACACCGCCAAAUGAUCCUCGUAUGAUUUUUUUAGCUAAUAUAAUUUCUGAGAUCAAGCGUCUCUUACGUCUCCAAGAAGAAAAGUUUGGAAGAUGUUAUGAAACGAGAAGAAGCAGAAGAAGAAAAAGAAUAGGGAUGAGGGAGUCGAUGAAAUCCAACUGUGGAAAAGUGCAAACUUCUCUGCAGGCAAUAGGCGGUGUCUACAAAGAUCGUUAUUAUUCAUGCAUUUCUAUCGAUAUUUAAGGAAGUAUAAGUAUAACGCUAAAACGGCUCAGAUUUGGUAAUAUUACUGCUUGUUAGUUUAACGUGUAACUUUGUUUUGAUAAAUGUAUACAUAACAGUUUCGAUACAGUUAUUUAUUAGAUACCUUAAAUAUAUUUCUGAAAAUAUUGCACUGGAUAAAAAAAAGAAAACAAAGAAAAGGAAAUAAAUCAUUAAAAUACUUUAUAAAUGUAAAUAAUAUCUUUUAGAACUAAAUGUAUCAACAACGGAUAGAUAAAAUCCAGUUCCAAAUUGUCACAA